AUGCUGGUAAUUAGGCCUAGAUUAAUAGGCCUAACAUUAGUAGCAAUUUGUCUUUUCGUCCAUCAAAUCGACGCUUUCAAUAUUGACACCAAAAAUGCGGUCGUUCACCAUAUGCCAAAUAGUUAUUUUGGGUAUUCGCUCGAUUUUUAUCAUGAACAAAAAGGACAGCCAAUGUGAGUUUUUUUUUCAAAAAUUUUAAAAAAUAUUCAAAAAUUAAAUUUAAAAAUUUUACAUAAACUUUUCACGAAAUUUUUUCAUAUUUAAAUUAGUGCUGAAAAAUACGGCAAAAAUUUCAAAAAGUUCAAAAUUUUUCUGAUCCAAAUUGUUGGAUUUUUUCUUCAGAUGUCAAAAAUCCAAAUCCCCGCUCUCCUAAUUGUUCCUAUAUUUUCAGCCUAGUAGUUGGUGCACCAAGUGGCGGUUCAUCAAAUCCAAAAUUAGCAGGAAUUCAAAAACCGGGAGCCGUUUAUUCGUGUCCCGUGAAUCGAGCGGGUUGUAGAGAAGUUAUGGUAGAUCAAAGUUUGUUUUUCUUUUAUUUUCGAAGUUCAAAAAUUAUCUGAAAUUGUUUGCAGAAGGAAUUGAUCGUCGUUUAAAUGGCUCGGUUUCUGUGCCAAUUGACGAUAAAUCUCAUCAAUUUUUUGGAGCAACGAUUCGAUCAAAUGAUAAACAUGACAAACUUGUUGUAAGUUCAAUUUCAAAGGGAGGGAUAAGGUUAAACCAAGAGUUUUAUCCAAUCUGAAAGGUUAGAAAAAUGUUCUGAACAAUGAAACCUUUGAAUCAAAAAGUAUCCAAUCAUAUAAAACUUUUUUCAGAUGUGUGCUCCACAAUACAAAUAUUUCUACAAUAAAUUCGAGUUGAUUGAGCCGGUUGGAAAUUGUUUCUACACUGAAAAUGCAAUCGAUCGUGCUGAAGAAUUUUCGUCGUGUAAACAAGAACGUAGGUUUUUUCAAUACCAAUUUGUAAAAAUCUUUUUCAUUUUUAUUUUCUGUUUUUUUUUCUAGCUGCUCGUCACGGUCGCCAUCGUCUUGGAUAUGGUCAAUGCGGUUUCUCAGCCGCCAUUCCCGGAAAGAAAAACAUCGACAAAGUAUUUGUGGCAGCUCCAGGAGUUUGGUAUUGGCAAGGUGCCAUUUUCAGUCAAUCAACCAAAAACUACACACACGAUCGACCAAAUACCGAAUACAGUAGUAAAGAAUACGAUCAUGAUAUGUUGGGAUAUGCAACUGCUACUGGUGAUUUUGACGGUGAUGGUUUAGACGACGUUGUUGCCGGUGUGCCACGUGGAAAUAAAUUGCACGGGAAAUUAUCGAUUUACACAUCGAAACUACAAUUGAUUUUGAAUUUGACGAGUAAUGAUCCACAACACGGAGAAUAUUGCGGUGGAAGUGUGGCUGUUGCUGAUGUUAAUAAGGAUGGGUUAGUGAUUCGGGAGAUAUCAGAGAGCUUUUUUAAUACUGCAUUAUUUGGGAUUAUAUUAAUGGAUGGAUAGAUCUCUUGAGAACUAUAUCACAUUUUGAAACGUAUUUUUUUCUAGUGGGAUGUACAAAGUUAGAAACAUAUUUUUUUUCAUUUUCGAUUCACAAAAUGUAAAAAAAAUUCUCUUUAUAAUCUUUCGAAGUAAAUUUUUCAAAAAAAUAUAGAAAUUGCUGAUGUUAAUAAGGAUGGGUUAGUGAUUGGGUAGAAAUUAAAGGGAUUUUUUUAAAUACUGCAUUAUUUUUGACUAAUGGAUAGGUUGAUCUCUUUAAAAUUAUAUCACACUUUUGAAACGUAUUUUUUUUCGUUAGGUUAUCAAAGUCUUUUUUUUGCAAAGAUUUACACAGGUAAAAUAAAAAAUCAACGAAAUUCAACGUAAAAUUGAGAGAUUCAGAGAAAAUUUUUUCGAACAUUCACAAAAUUUCGGGAUCAAAUCAAUUAGAGACUGUGUUUCCUAGACCUUCUUCUUAGCUAUCCUAAUAUUUUCAGCCGCGAUGAUAUUAUCAUGGGUUGUCCAUUCUAUACUGAUUAUGUGACUGUAAAAGACGCCAAAACACAAGAACGUAAACCACAAUACGAUGUUGGUCGAGUUAUUGUUUUCAUUCAAACUGCAGCUGGAGUUUUUGGAAAACAAAUUAGUAUUGUUGGAGAUGAUCAAUGGGGAAGAUUUGGAUUCUCAUUGGCUUCAGCUGGUGAUUUGAAUUUAGAUGGAUUCAAUGGUAAGUUCUAGUACCCUCAAGAAUAUUUUAGAAAUUUAUUAAAAAUCUUGCAGACAUUGUUGUUGGUGCUCCUUACGCUGGAAAAGAUAAACAUGGUGCAGUUUACAUAAUUCAUGGUUCAAAAGACGGUGUUCGCGAGAAACCGACUCAGAAAAUCGAGGGAAGUGCAAUUGGAAAUGGAAAAACGAAAACAUUUGGAUUCUCUGUUGCUGGCGGUGUUGAUGUUGAUAAAAAUGGAAUGCCUGAUAUUGCAGUUGGAGCAUGGAAAUCUGGAGAAGCUAUGGUUCUUGUUACAAAACCAGUUGUGACUGUAACAGGAACUACUGAAAUCAAGCCAAGUUUGAUGAAUUUGGAGGAGAAAGAUUGUGAUGUUGAUGCGAAAUUGGGAAAACAGACUUGGUGAGGGAUAAUUUUGAGAAUGAAUUUAAAAUUGAACAUUGAAAAUUUUUGGACCAUUUUCUUGCUAAAAAGUUCUCGGAACUUCUAGGAACUUCUUUUUCAAAUAAAAAAUGAUUUCAAAUAUUUCACUAAUUCAUGUAAGGUUACUGUAGAUUUUCACGUUUUUCAAUUUUUAGUUGCGCCUACGCGACACCCACAAUAACAUUUUGAUCUCAAGUUUUUUUUAAUUCAAAAAAAAAAUUAAAAAUCAUAUAUUUCAGUCGUCACAUCAAAACAUGUUUACGAUACGAUGGAAAAGGAGACACUGCAAAUGAGCUCGAAUUUGAUCUCCGAAUCAAUCUCGAUGAUCAUUCUCCAGAACCCCGUGCAUAUUUUAUUCGAAAUGAUGUUGAAAGAGACCGUGCAAUCAAAGUAGCCACUGGCUCAAAAACUCGUGAUCAUCCUUCUUCAAUUGAACAUCGUGUAAAACUUCACAAAAACAAGCAAAACUGUUUUUCUCAUCGAUUCUUUGCUUCUUCAACAAUGCGUGAUAAAUUAUCACCAAUUCAUUAUUCGAUUAAUUAUACAAUGGUUGAAUCAAGAACUGGAAGAAUUCGAGGAGAUAAAUUAGAACCAGCAAUUGAUACAACUGUUCCAUUAUCAUUUGAAGGAAAAGUUAAUAUUGCAAAUAAUUGUGGAAAAGAUGAUUUGUGUGUUCCGGAUUUGAAAGUUCAAGCUAAUGCGUGAGUUUUUUUUUUGAGAAUUUUAGCUAAGUUUCAAGAUGCCACGUGGAUGUCCUAAUACAAAAAGUUUCUCUGUGUCUUCCAGAGUGUGAGAAAAAUUUUUUGAUAUUUCGAAACUCUCACUCGAGGCUUCUCAAUUUAUUGAUCCCCGGAAAAAAAAUUCUAUCAAAAAAUUUUCAGUGACCGUGAAAAAUUCUUGCUCGGCACCGGCGACAAUACAAUGCAAAUCAAUGUAACUGUCCAAAACGGCGGAGAAGAUUCGUAUGAAACCAAAUUAUAUUUCGAUGUUCCACAAGGUUUCGAAUACAGUGGAAUUGAGACAACAACAUUGGCUGGAGCACAAAAAGCACAAGGAACAACUGCACCAAGUUGUUCACCAACCACAACAGAACCAGAUGAAGAUGGAAAAUGGACAUUUGGAUGUGAUUUGGGUAAUCCAUUACCAGCUAAUCAGAUUGUUAGUAGUGUUGUUCGAAUUACGGCAUCAACUGAUAAACCACCAUUGGAAGCUAUUCAAAUUAAUGCAUAUGUUAAUAGUAGUAAUAGUGAAGAAGCUUCGACACUUUCUGAUAAUAAAAUCAAUUUCAAAGUUCCGGUUGAAAUUCGGAAUAGUUUGAAUUUGAAUGGAAAUUCGAGACCUGAUCAAAUCGAUUUUUUGACGAAAAGAAAUCAUAGCAAAACUGAAUAUUUUGAUGACACUGAAAUUGGACCUGUUGUAUCACACAUUUUUGAGGUGAGUUUGGAAAAAAAAUGGGCUGCAAUUUUUGAAUUUUGUUUCUCCAAAUUCAUUUUUUUUCAAGAUUGAAAAAUCAAUAAUUCAGCUCUAAUUAAAAAAUUCUUAAAGUUUUCUUUGGAAUUCCAAAAAAAUCUUCCUAAUUUGCAGCUCCGUAAUGAUGGUCCAUCUGUCAUCGACAGUGCAACUCUCGAUAUUUUCUGGCCUUCAUUUUCCGUCGACAAUCGUCCACUUCUUUAUAUUAUCACUGAACCAUACAUCGACAAACCACAAAAGGCAAAAUGCCGUGUGAAACAACCACAAAAUGUGAAUCCGGAUAAUCUAAGAAUUUCAAACACACAUAUUCCAACUGAAGAACCACGUGCAUCAGUUCCUUAUGCAAAAGAAUUCCCAGACGAUGAGAGUUAUGAGAAUUCAGCUGAAAGAACUUCAACUGAACAAACAUCGAAUUUCGAAUAUGUUACAAAUGCACCAAUUCGACCAGAAUAUGAAUAUAUUGAAGAUCCAAAACAAUAUGAUGAUGAAGAUGAAGAAUUUGAAGAUGAUGAAUAUAAAAAGAAAGUAAAAAGAGCUACAGGAAAAAGUGGAGCUCGAAGAGAAGGAAAACAAAGAAAAGCAACAUUUGAUGAUUUAAGAGAUGCAGUUCAGCGAUCAAAAGAAUCUGGAGGUGUUACUGAUUAUAUUGGAGCAGUUUCACGUGCAAAUGUUGAUUGUACACGACUUCGAUGCACUCAUAUUGAAUGCGAUAUUACAGAUCUAAAUGAAAGUGAAAAUGUGAUUGUUGAAAUAUUUUCGAGACUUUAUGUUGAUACAAUGAUUGAUGAAAUGAAUACUGGAGGAGAUAUUUCAUCAUUGGCAGUUGCGAAAGUGACUUCGGUUAAAUAUGAUUUGCCGAAUAAACCGACAAAAAUCACAGCUGUGACAACCAAUGUGAAUGCGAUUAAUGUUGAUGGAGAAGGAAGAGAUUUACCGUGGUGGUUGUAUUUGAUUGCUGUACUUAUUGGAUUGGCCAUUUUGGUGCUUUUGAUUUUGCUUCUUUGGAGGGUGAGUUCGAAUUGCUUAAAGAUUCCAGACUUUUCCGAAACAACCUCGGAAACCACGUUGAUUUUUGACUUCUGAUAAAAAUUCCCAAAAUUUUUAGAAUUUCUGAACAAUUCUUUAUUUAGGCCCUUGGUGUGAGAAAUUCAAAAAUCAGUUUAAUCUGAGCAACCCGAAAGUUCAAAAUGAUCUCUUUAAUUUGAAUAAUGUCUGAGGAUGAUAGAAAAAAAUCAAAGAAAAUCUUCAUAACCUCUAAUUUUUCAGUGUGGUUUCUUCAAACGUGAUCGUCCACCAACUGAACACGCUGAACUUCAAUCUCAACAUCAACCAGAUGCAAAAUAUGCAGAUAGUUCAUCUCGUUAUACUUCUCAAGAUCAAUAUAAUCAACGUAGUCACGGACAAAUGCUCUAA